GGCGGGCCCAUGACCCAAUUCAAAAAGUCCGAGGAUUCAUGACCGAUUCUGUUUUUCGGAGAAUCAGAUUUUGCUCGAGGCCCUGAAAUCUUCUGAUCCAAAGUGAACUGCCAUGGCGGAAGUUAUGAGCAGGGGAAGCAUUUUCACCGCAUGCCAUAAUCUGAUUCCAAGAAGCGAUGACCAUGGCUCCGGUACCGUGUCCUGUCGGAUUCUAGGGAACCCUCCUGUGAGGUUGAGCUCUUUGACAUGGUCGAGGAGUGAUUUCCAUGGCAGGGGAGUUGUUCUUGUCCCCCAAAGGCAUGAGGUUGUCAAGAAGCGAGGAGGGAGCCCCUGGAACCUCACCAUUGAUGCUCAGGGGAGUAUGGCGAUAGGGAAGGCCCAGAGAUGGUGGCAGAAAGGACUGCAGCCCAACAUGGAGGAGGUGGAGAGCGCGCAGGACCUCGUGGACUCAUUGCAGACUGCAGGGGACCGGCUCGUGGUGGUUGAUUUCUUCUCCCCGGGAUGCGGCGGCUGCAAGGCCCUACACCCGAAGAAAUGCCAGCUCGCUGAGGCGAACCCCGACGUCCUGUUCCUUCAUGUGAACUACGAGGAGCACAAGUCCAUGUGCUACAGCCUCGGCGUCCAUGUUCUGCCCUUCUUCCGGUUCUACCGCGGGGCCCACGGUCGGCUCUGCAGCUUCAGCUGCACCAACGCCACGAUCAAGAAAUUCAAAGACGCGCUUGCCAAGCACACUCCAGAUCGGUGCAGCCUCAGGCCCACAAAAGGCCUAGAAGAGAGACAGCUCCUCGCGCUCGCCGCCAACGAGGAUCUGUCCUUCACAUACACCCUGGUCCAUGCUCAGCCUAUUCCUGCAGAGGAGGAAGCCCUCCUGGAGCCGAAACCAUCUCGCUCAAACUCGGCUGCUCCUCUUUUGCAUCUGUCGAGCAAAGUGGAGUCCAAUCGGAAUUCCAAUCAGAGAGAUCUGGUCUCUUCAGGUAGAUGAUGUGGACCGUCAAGAAGAAAGCAUUUCCCAACUCCCUUCGAUCCAUUGUACAUAAAUUUUGCUUUGAUAGGAAGAUCGAGUUUGCUUGUGCUAAAGCCAUUGUUGUUCUUGUCAUUUGGUAAAACCCCCCUUCUGUUUCCAUAGCCAUUUCACCCCAUGGCUUCGUUGUAAUCUUUCCUUCUCUGAAAGUUCCAUUGCCAAUGUACCUUGUAACUGGUUCUUUGUUGGACCAUAAUACUGCAACCGAUGAGUGAAAGUGAGAGUGAGAGCUCGAUUUCUGUACAUAAUAAUAUGCUUCGAGUUUGUAUGGUAAAUUUAUCAAAUGUAACCUCAAAGACAGCUAAAGUUUAUGGAACAUUUGGGGAUUGAGCCUAAA